UUCUUGGCCCGUCUUCGGCCCCCCUUGGCCCUGAACAAGUCAUGUGCCACCACUCGGGGGAGCCGAGUGCAACCGCGCCAAGCCCCAUGAGAGUUGAGAGUGUGGGGUCCUGGCAAAGACUCCUCAGGACUGAGGACUGAGGCUCAAGGGAUCGAGCACGGGACCUGAGGACACUUCAACACGUGCCCGAGGGCACGGUGGCGUAUGUUCGACGGUGCUACUGCCACGGAAAUUGCCCGCCACGUCGCUAUGCUUAUUCAAUCCAUGGCGGGGAGUCUCUCCACCUCUGAGCUGUUGAGUGGCGGGGGGACCCGGGGUCCACACAGACUCCACGGUGAGUUUAUGGAUGCAAGGUCCGGCGCCAUGUCUCCGUUCGUGGUGAAUCCAGCCCUCGCGAAGCAGGUGCUCGCCGAGGUGGCGAGGUCCUUCGAGAGCGCCAUGCUCAGGGAGGACGAUGAUGCAUCACGCUCGGGCGCGUUGUUUGUCGUCUCGGGCGAUGGGCUCUUCCUUGGGAAAACCGUCAGGGAGUCUGAGUAUCAGGAGUUUGCCCGCCAUGUCAUAGGCCCCUUGGCGCGCCAUGCCGGCCUCCCACACGCUGUCUGUCGGCCUGGCUCCUUGGAUUCAUGUUGGGCGGAAGCAGCGCUCAACCGAACCUCCCUGAACGUGCCCGUGCUGGCAUUCGUGCACGGUCACCGCCACUGGAUCGUCAUGCCGGCGAGCGCGAGAAUGCGAGGCUUUGCAGUGUCGCGGUCGGCUCAAGAUCUCGAGCCGCUGGGCACGGCCCAGUACUACGACGUGAAGCCCAUCUGGGCGAAGAGCAAGGCGCGGCAAGGCUUCCUGCGGCAGCUUGCCGUGCUCGGGAUGAACCCGGCGGCGGCGCCAGCAAUCGCCGAGAUGCAGGCACAGUGGGUGGAACUGAAGGCCACGGUUGGCGGCGACGUGGACUUUCUAUCUCGGGAGGGCUCCGACGAGCGCCCUUUCAUCGACUAUUCGCUGCUGUUUGAGAUCUACGCGCCCGGCCGGAGGGUCGACGUGCGCGGCGCACACUGCCUGGAGGCGCGGUCGUGCUUCGAGGAAGACCCGACGGGCUGCCGUGUACUCUGCGUGUCGAUCAUCGACUUUUUCACCAGGUUUUCUGUGUAUCGACAUUUGGAGAGCCUGUGGAAGAAGUUCAAGUUCCACGACUACGGUCAGAAGGUGAAAGACCUGCUCGGGUGCCCGCUUCGUCAGAGGCCUCUUUCGCCGCGCUGGCACGCUGGUGCUCGCGCCGUCCUCAGGGUCAAUGGCACGGAGCAUUUUCCGCCCCUCCCUUUUUCUAGGGCCGUCGAAGUCGAAAUCCACCUCCAAUACAAGGAGAAAGAGAGCUACCUUGACGAGGCGUGCGAGCCCUACCUUGACAUGGUGUGCGAGGAUGUUGUUUCGGAGAUCAACUGGACGACGGAUGUUGAGCAGGUUGAAGACGAGUGUAAGGGGCCGUACAGCCGCUCGAUCAGCUGCAAACAAGCCCAGUGUGUAUUCCUGACCGAGUCGCGCUACUUGGACCAGUGUGGCUCUUGGAUGCAGCAGAGUUGUCACAAGAAGCUCUUGGUUGUGGCGGUCUUGGAGAAUGUUUUUGGCGUUUAGGCAGUUGCGUGGGCAGUUUUUGUGUAGCAGGCAGACGCCGGCACAGGAACGUGUCCGAACGUUCUGCUGAAAUGAGCAGGGGUGUCGUGGUACUGUUUCGUGGAACGGACUCGCUACAGAGAUGGCACAAAUGCCAAGAACACG